GGCCAGCUGUCAGCUAAGCACACCGACUCGCGUAGAGUCGCGUCGAGGAACGAAGUGUGUCGGCCAACAACGUUGGGGAGCAUCUUGUCUCGCAGCGUUACAUACUAGGCGCGUAUGAAUAUUGAGUCACGCCGCUGAUUUGGGUCUGCCAAGUUGGGAUUCAGAUAGAGUCGAUAGACAGCACAUGCUAUGCGUGGUGCUCUCUUACGUGCUCCGACAGCUGUCGGGUUCUUAAGACGCGCCCUAGUACGAGCCAAUUUACACACCACGUCCGUCCGAGCCAUGCCACCACGCACCCCAUGGACCCCCAACCGCUACCCCCCAUCUCGUCGCUCGGACCACGUUGACGUGUACAAGAGCGAGUCCAAGAGCGAGGUCCGCGUCGCCGACCCGUAUCAGUGGCUCGAGCAGCACUCCAAGGAGACUGAACAGUGGGUGGACGCCCAAGAAGCGUUCACGCGAGCCUACCUGGAUCAAAAUCCUGAGCGGCAGGGUCUAGAAGACGAGAUCAGGCAGAACGAGAAGUUUGCUAAGUUCUCCUCUCCCAGUUUGAAAUACGACAACCGCUGGUACUGGUCCUACAACUCCGGAUUGCAGGGCCAGAACGUGAUCUACCGUUCCACAAAUGAGAAGCUUCCAGACGUCAGCAGCGAUACGGGCCCAGGCGGCGAGGUAUUCUUCGACCCGAACCUUCUAACCACGGAUGGGACGGCAGCAAUAGCCGGCAGUGCUUUCGCUCGCUCAGGGGAACUUUGGGCGUAUGGUAUCUCGCGCUCGGGAAGUGACUUCUUCACGGUAUACGUCCGGCCGACGUCUGCACCCUUCGCACCGAAGGAGGGUUCAGACGCGCUUCCUAUACAUACGGAGGGUGCUCUGCCAGAUGAGAUUCGCUUCGUCAAGUUCUCGGCCAUCACGUGGACAGCGGACUCGAAAGGGUUCUUCUACCAGCGUUUCCCCACGAGAGAGUCUCAUGGAUCUGCAGACGAGGACAAGGCCGGAACGGAGACGGACGCCGACCAGAACGCGAUGUUGUACUACCAUCGCAUUGGUACUUCGCAAGCGGAGGAUGUUCUGGUGGUCAAAGACGACGCACAUCCAGAAUGGAUGUGGCAUGUAGACGUAUCAGAGCUAGACGGACGCUACUUGAUCCUUUCUGCUAGCCGCGACACUGCCAGGAAAAAUCUUGUGUGGAUAGCAGACCUCGAGAAAACCUCCAUUGAUCAGAACAUCAACUGGGACAAGCUCGUCGACGAUUUCGAUGCUGAGUUCAACUACAUCGCAAAUGACGGUACCAAAUUCUACCUGAUGACCAACAAGGAUGCACCCCAGUACAAGCUCGUCUCCGUGGACCUCGCUGACCCUCCAGAGAAGCGUGUCUUCCGCGACGUCAUCCCCGAGGAUAAGGGCGCACACCUCGAAGACGUGAUAGCGGUGAACCAAGACUUCUUCGUCGUCACGUACAAGCGCAGCGUGAUAGACGAGAUCUACGUGUACGACAAGUCGGGCAAGCAGCUUUCCCGAGUCGGUGCCGACUUCGUCGGGGCCGCGCGGGUCUCAACGAGGCGUGACCAUACGUGGUUCUUCGCGCAGCUGAUCGGCUUUACGAACCCCGGGAUCGUCGCGAAGUAUGACUUCACGGAGAAGGACGAGGCGAAGCGCUGGAGCGUGCACAGGAAGACCGUCGUCACGGGGCUGAACUCUGAUGACUUCGAGGCUAAGCAGGUCUGGUAUGAGAGCAAGGACGGUACGAAGGUCCCGAUGUUCGUCGUCCGGCAUAAGGACACCAAGUACGACGGGUCAGCGCCAGCCUUCCAGUAUGGCUACGGCGGCUUCUCAAUUGCCGUUUCUCCAUUCUGGAGCUCACCCAUCCUGACGUUCUUGCAGAAGUACGGGGCUGUCCUGGCGGUGCCUAACAUCAGAGGUGGCAGCGAGUUCGGCGAGGAGUGGCACCUGGCUGGCACGAGGGAGCGCAAGCACAAUUGCUUCGAUGACUUCAUUGCCGCAUCGGAAUACUUGGUUGAGCACAAGUACGCCGCGCGAGGAAAGAUUGCGAUCAACGGCGGAUCAAAUGGAGGUCUUCUCGUGGCUGCUUGCGUAAACCGAGCACCGGAGGGGCUCUUGGGUGCUGCGGUCGCUGAAGUGGGUGUACUUGAUCUCCUCAAGUUCGCUGAUUUCACAAUCGGUCGAGCAUGGACUUCUGACUACGGCGACCCGCAUGACCCACACGACUUCGACUUCAUAUACCCGAUAUCUCCUCUGCACAACGUUCCGACGGGCAAGGUGCUUCCUCCAACAGUGCUCCACACUGCCGACCACGACGACCGAGUGGUGCCCCUGCAUUCCUUCAAGCACGCGGCGACCUUGCAGCACACGCUGCCCAGCAACCCGCAUCCUCUGCUCAUUCGCAUCGACACGAAGGCUGGGCACGGUGCCGGAAAGUCUACCGACAAGAAGAUCAAGGAAGCGGCGGACCGCCUCGGCUUCAUAGCGCAGUCGAUGGGCCUGGAGGCAAAACGCGGUUAAGGGUGCUCUGGUUCUGUCCGUGAAAUGUGUUUUGUUGAACGGGUUUCCUGCAGACGGUUGGUUCAUCGGCUGUGAUGUGUCUGGACAUUACGAAAGUAGAUACUGAACUCUCUGACAAGAGCGAUUUUACGAUCUAAGUACUAUUCGGAGAAUAACUGCGCACGCUCGACGAUACAGCGUACCGUUAGAUGGGGUGAGUUGUGAGCGGGUCAAAAUAAGUGUGAGUUUACCGCAACACCGUUGCCUUACGGCACAGUCUGUACGGUUGAAUGUACAGCCUUCAGUUAUGCAUCGUCCAAAGGAUGUCCAGGCCAACUUUCUGAAUUUUGAGUGCUAUUUGAAUGGGGGGCGAAGCGUGGCCGGUGUUUGUGAGAAGUGUCCGAGUCAUAGA